AAUUCAUUUUCCAAGUCAAUAAAAAGCAUAUGUACGAACACAAAAAAGCUGCCUCACACUAACACCAGACACAUGUUUAAAGCUUGAUCCACAGAGGACGAGUACUAUGUUAGCUUAGAUCAAAUUUGACAUGGAAUCAAAGCUUGAGGCGAUAAUAGUAUGUGUAUAUGGGGCAUCUACACACAUGAGGGUUUAAGGGAGCUCUUUUGGGGAUUUAUAGUGUAUCCAUAUCGGUCGUUUACAAUGUUUGAAUCUAAUUUAAAACUUUCAGGUAAAUCUCAUCCUUUGAGGUUUCUUUUGGAGCGAGUUUGACAUAAUCUAACAAUUUUAUUUAUUUUUUAUGUAUGGACAUUCUAAUGUAUCAUUUUCCUUUAGUUCUUUAUUUUAUGUGCUGGAGUAUUCAUCCCGUUGAUGUGAUCCCCUCAUGUAUGGGAAAAUAGGUAUGCAUGUCUGAUGUCCUCAGCUAAUUUCCCAAUCUCUAUUAUUAAUUUUCCCCAUUUUCCAAUGAUCAGGUCUUCCCAGCUCUAAAUCCAACAGUCUUGGAACAAUUGAAAAAUGCAGAUUGCAUCAUAUUUGCCAUGGGGUCACUCUUUACUUCUAUCUGCCCCUCUCUGGUUUUACACGGAGUUGGAGAAACAAUUUCUUCCCGGUCAUGCCCGAAGAUAUGUAUGUGUGAGAGAAUGUUUUCUUCUUCCAUGUGUAACAUCCUCCAUAGGUACUUAUGUUGAAUGGUACUCAUGACCGAGAAACUAGUGGCUUCACUGCCUCCUGCUUUGUGACAGCCAUCACCAAUGCCUUAAAUCGAAUUCACGCGGAUAAUCAUAAGUGCCUUAAUAAUCCUCCAAACAGAUACAUCAAUACAAUUCUGAUGCCAAAAGAUGGCCAAGUUCCCGUCGACAUUGAUCAACUCACUUCCCAAGGGAUUUAUAGUGUGGUUCCUGUAGAUUCAUUCCAUGAUCCAAAAGUGGGUAUCAUUUUUGACCCAAAGUCUCUUAUCCAAGCACUUGGAAAUUUGCUAACACAACAAUGAGAACAACCAUCUUAAUAUGCUCAAGCCAAUUGUUUGAAUGAAAAAACAAGGCAUUUAUUGUCCCUUUUGAGCGAUCAAAAAAAUGGAUUUCCAUCAUGGUUUUGUUUGCCUAAAAACAUGGGACCUAUGCUUUGGCGUUCAAUAGUGCUCAUGUUUAUCCUUCAAUGUAGCUUUUAAUUGGUCUCAGUGAAAGAACAUCUACCGAAUCUUGUUUUUUUCCAACAGAAUAUUUCAGUGUAAUUUUGGAGAAUAUUGGUGUUUAUGGUCCAAUCU